AUGGUGGCAAAGGGACUGGCGCAUGUUGCUGAUGUGGAUGUUAAUCCUGUCAGUGUCUUCAGGUACGUGCUAGUGUGUGUAUGCACCACAGCUAGCACAAGGACCAGUACCAGCAAGUACGUUGUGUGCAAACAUGGCUGGGCAGAGCUUAAGACCACCACAUAUGACUCUGAGCGCUUGGAGACCAGAAGGAUCCUUCACCAAAGUGAAGACCAGACCAUCUAUGUUUAUGGUUUUGGGAGAGCAAAUCAUUCUGUCCCUAUAGAGAAGUUGAAAGCCAGUUGUCCAGACUAUGAAAUCACUUGGGCAGGUGAAGGCUAUUGA